UGGUUCUUCUAAAGCUCAACUAAUUAGCUAGCUCUUCUUUCAAAAACCAGACUGUCUCUAUUUCCAUUUGAGGUAGUGUGAUAUCAUUCAAGCCUUCAAACCCAAGUGGGUAGUUUCUGAUUCCUCUAAGCACAAGAGAGGAGGUAAAACAGCUUUUCCAAAGCACCACAGUUUAGAAAGACUUGGGUUGGGGUGGUGUUGAGGGAGAGAGAAAAAAGAUAAGAGAAGAAAGAAAGAAGUUUAGUCCUCAGAAAAGAAAGUGUGUUUCAAAAGGGGGUGGUGGGGGGGGUUGGUUUUAGCCAAGUGAUGCGAUCAGGAGCUUGUGCAGCGCAGCAGACCCUCACAGCGGAGGCUGCUUCAGUAUUGAAGCACUCUGUCAGCUUGGCAAGGAGGAGGGGCCAUGCUCAGGUCACUCCUCUUCAUGUGGCUGCCACUUUAUUAAGUGCAAGGGCCAGUGUUUUGAGAAGGGCUUGUCUCAAAUCUCAGCCACACCACACUUCACAUCCUCUCCAAUGCAGAGCUCUUGAGCUUUGCUUCAAUGUGGCUCUUAAUAGGCUUCCAACAACACCUGGUCCUUUGCUUCAUGGUCAGCCUUCUCUCUCUAAUGCUCUAAUUGCUGCACUCAAAAGAGCACAAGCACACCAGAGAAGAGGUUGCAUUGAACAACAGCAACAACAGCCACUUUUAACCAUAAAGGUUGAGUUAGAACAGCUUAUUAUAUCUAUUUUAGAUGACCCUAGUGUGAGCAGGGUUAUGAGAGAGGCUGGUUUCUCUAGCACUUCUGUCAAGAACAACAUUGAGGACUGUUCAGCCACUUCUGUGUUUCAGUGUUACAACAGUUCUGGUGGGGUUUUCUCUUCACCUUGUUCGCCUUCUCAUACUGAAUCACAAAGAGACAUCAUCAACCCUAGCACGUUCUGGAACACCCCUUUCUUGGCUUACUCUUCUGAGCAAAACCCAGUUCUCUUUUCCCCUCCAAAGAAACUUCCAACCAAUAACCCUAUCACAGGCUUCAUAGCUGGUUCAUCACCAUCUGUGAAGGAAGAUAUCAAAUUGGUCUUUGACGUUUUGUCUAGGAAGAAUAAUAAUAAGAGAAAGAACACUGUGAUAGUGGGUGACUCAGUGCCCAUAACUGAAGGCCUAGUGUCAGAGCUAAUGUCAAGGCUUGAGAGAGGAGAGGUUCCUGAGGAGCUGAAAUCAACCCAUUUAAUCAGAUUUCAGUUCGCACCAGUUUCUUUAAGAUUUAUGAAGAAGGAAGAUGUGGAAAUGAAACUUUCAGAGCUGAAAAGGAAGGUGGAUUAUUCUCUUGCAUCAGCUGGAGGAGCCAUUAUUUACACUGGUGACUUAAAAUGGACAGUGAAUGAUGAGAAAGAAGAAGUUUCAGUCUCAGUCUCAUCAGCUUAUAACCCAGUUGAUCAUCUUAUUGCAGAGAUAGGAAGGUUAGUCUCAGACUUUGGCAGCUCAAACUCAAACACAAAGGUAUGGUUAAUGGGAACUGCAAGUUACCAGACAUACAUGAGGUGCCAAAUAAGGCAACCCCCUCUUGAGCUUCAAUGGGCUCUUCAAGCUGUUUCUGUUCCAUCAGGUGGACUUGGUUUAAGCCUCCAGGGUUCCAGUGUGCUUGAUUCAAAGCUAACCUUCUCUCUGAACCCGUCUCAAUUGCUGGAAACAAAGCCAUUUAGUUGUAAAGAGGAACGAGAUAAGCUCAGUUGCUGUUCUGAAUGUGCCUCCAGUUAUGAAAAAGAAGCUCAGUUGUUCAAAUCUGGCGAACUAAAGCUCUUGCCUCCCUGGCUGCAACCUCAUGGAACUGAAGCCUCUCAUAAGGAUGAAUUGGUUGAGCUGCAGAGAAAGUGGAACGGGCUCUGCCACAGCCUCCACCAAGGCAGGCAUGGUCAGAACCAUAUGAACACCACUUUGUACAGCAGUCAAAGCUUAUUUGGAAAGAACAAGAGCUACUCUUAUGUUUCAUCCUAUCCAUGGUGGCCAAGUCAGAACAGUGUCUUCCCCGAAUCCAAUUCGAUAUCCUUUGCCGAUUCAGCUUUGAAGUGCACCCACAGCUCCAAUCUCGUGUCUCGACUCAGACGACAACAAUCCUGCACUAUUGAAUUCAAUUUCACUGGUGAUAACCAGAAACACCAAUCAGCAGAACCGAGCUUGGGUUUUCUUAAAGACAACGAUGGUCAGGAAGUGAAAAUCACUCUUGCUCUAGGUAAUUCUUUUCUGUCUGAUUCAGAGAAACUGGUGGAAAGGAAAAGUGAACGAACAAUGCAACGAGCUGAUACAUGUAAGGUACUACAAGAGAAUGUGCCAUGGCAAUCCGAAACCAUUCCUUCAAUAGCAGAAGCUUUGAUCGAUUCCAAAUUUUCAAAGCAAGAGACUUGGUUACUGAUUCAGGGGAAUGACUCAAUAGGGAAAAGAAGGUUGGCACUAGCAAUUGCAGAGUCAAUUUUCGGCUCUGCCGAUUUGCUCCUUCACUUAAACAUGAGGAAAAGAGAUAAUGCAGAGACCCCAUGUCCUCAAAUCCUGGCCAAAGCCAUGAAAACCCAUGGAAAGCUUGUUAUCUUAGUUGAAGAUGUUGAUCUAGCUGAUACCCAGUUCAUGAAAUUCCUAGCUGAUGUAUAUGAAAGCGGAAAAUUUGGAGAAUCAAGCAAAAGAGAGGGAAGUACUAUAGGCCAAGUAAUAUUCAUAUUGACAAAGGGUGGUUCCACAAGCUAUGAAAAUAAGAAUAAGCAAGAUUGUGUGAUCAAGUUGAACUUGCAAGUCAAUGAAACAAAGCCCAGCUUGGGAACAUUUAACUUUGAUCACAAGCGCAAAGCUGAGUGGGAUUUGUUAACCAAGACUAAGAAAACUCCAAGAAUGGAAGCAAAGGAAGAUGCAACUUGUGUGGCCGGGGAGAAUGGGAAUAUUAAGAAAGACUUCUCAAGGCAAUCAAGCUUCAAUAGUACUCUUGAUCUCAACAUUAGAGCCGAUGAGGAGGAUGAAAGUGAGGGAAAACCAGGGGAGUAUAGCCCCAUUUCAAGUGAUUUAACUCGCGAAACCACAACCGAUCCCCAAAACCAACAUGGGUUUCUAGAAAUGAUAGAAAACCGAUUCAUUUUUGAUCGGAGCCCGGCUCGGGAUAGAGAGAUGAUAGAGCUUUUCUUGUCCAAGAUCAAGAGUUCAUUCGAGGAGAUCUAUGUGAAGCAAAAUGUGGACAAUUUUAGUGUGGAAGAGAGGGUGUUAGAGGAGGUGUUAGUUGGUUCUGCUUCUUUUCCCAACAGCUUGUUUGAAAAAUGGCUGAAAGACAUUUUUCAAACGAGUUUGCAAACGUUCAAAGUUGGUGGGAAGGAGGGUAUAGAAGUUAGGCUAUGUUUAGAGGGCAAAGGAGAGGGGUUCUUGGAGGACGGCUUCAUGGGUUCAUGUCUGCCUAAGAAAAUCUAUGUUUCUUUCAUCGACUACUGAUCUAAUGGUUUUUCUUGGUUUUUUGGGGGUGGGUGUAAAAUCUUCACAAUUGAAAUGGAAAUUUAAUGGCCACACUAUCUCAUGUAACUGCUCAUUUUCAUAAUAGGAUGUGUUAUUUUGCUUUUUAUUA